GAGCUGAGCUCCGAUCCAUCUCGGUAGCUACUAGCCUACUACCUAUCCCGCCAUCCCGGUCGGUAGCAAUACUGCAAUACCACUACCACCACAGUGGGGUUUGUGCUCUUGUGGACACACUGGCCUCCACCCAUCCCUCUCACGUCUCGCCAUCCGCAGCAAAGGCCACAGGACAGAUUCGGGCCGAUUUAUAGCCACACCAUGGCCAGGAAGUGCUCCCACUGUGGCAACUACGGCCACAACUCCAGGACCUGCGGCUUGGGAAACAGCAGGGAAACCAUGCUCUGCCAAGGCGGCGGCGACAACGGCGGCGGUGUCGGAGGCGGAAGCAGAAGCGGUGGCGGUACCAGCGGGCUGAGGCUCUUCGGAGUGCAGGUCCAUGCUGGCGGCGGCGGUGCGGGCUCGGCGGCGGCGUCGAUGAAGAAGAGCUACAGCAUGGACUGCCUGCAGCUCGCGGCUCCUGGCUGCUCCAUCGUCUCGCCGUCGUCGUCGUCCUCGUCGUCGCUGCUGCUGUCCAUUGAAGAGGGCUUGGAGAGGGCGGCGGCCACCAACGGCUACCUGUCCGAUGGAAAUGCCAGAGUUGUGGCGGAGAGGAAGAAAGGCGUCCCAUGGAGCGAGGAGGAGCACAGGCAGUUCCUCGCCGGCCUGGAGAAGCUGGGCAAGGGCGAUUGGCGAGGCAUCUCCAGGAACUACGUCACGACGAGGACCCCGACGCAGGUCGCCAGCCAUGCCCAGAAGUUCUUCCUCAGGCAGAGCAGCAUGGGGAAGAAGAAGCGCCGCUCCAGCCUCUUUGACAUGGUUCCCAUUUGCGAGAACAGUUCGAGCAUUUCCGAUCCGCCAAGCAGCGAGGGCGCCUCCACUUCCCUGUCGCUGAACGUGUCGCGCCAUGAACAGAGCUCCGAGAGGACGACGGCCUUCGACCUGAAUUCUACGGAGGAAGACGACGGCAGGGCCGACGUAUCGUCGGCGUCAGGUGCAGGGACCAGACCGUUCCCGGCAGCAGCAGCAGCUCCGCCACCGACGGAGCUGCAGCCUCCUCAUGGCCACGGGCACGGGCACGGGCACGGCCACCACCACUGCUCCCCGUUGGAGCUGGAGCUGGGCAUGUCCCUGUCCACCCCAUUCAUCGGAACAUGACGCGCCGCUGUCACCGUCGUCCUAGUCAUCGUCAUGGACUCGCGCAGGCCGCGCCAAGUUUCAUCAGCGCAUGUUGCUGCCAUGGCCGGGCGCGCCUGCCGCGUCAGAUAUCUCUACCAAAUGGAGAUGAUGAGGCGCUAGGUAAAUGCUAUUCGUGAAAGCAUUGUGCAAGAACUAACUGUGGAUACUGUACCGUGUAAUCAGCAUCGGUUCUGCUCCUGUACCAUGACACGUUCCUUGUUCAUAAUUCCCAUGCGCGCAAGGCAUGAAAUUUGCCAGGUUUUGUACAGGCUACAUAUAGUAAGGCUACAUAUAGUAUGUUGACACAAACCAAAGGCCGAGAUCGAACUUCUCGGUUGUAUGCAUCGAUCCAAUUUGUCUUC